AAGAAGUACGAACCAAUCAAAAGCCAAGGACAGGCACUACUUCCUAUUUUCAGCCCCCUGUACCCUCGCGUAUAUCAUAAUAUGUAACAAGAUUUUUAUUUUACUGAAGUUAAAAACAUGAACGUUUUCUGUCGGUCCAGGGUAGUUGUAUCGUUUUUCCGUAGAAGUCACAGGCUACUAGAGCAAACAGGCCAUUUAAGAGGUGUCAAUUUGUGUGGUAAAGCUCGAUGUCUGUCAGAAAAUUUACCCUCAUGUCGACAACGGUGGCAUCAUGCAGCUUCAGUCAGGUGUCGCUUUGGCAGCAAAAGAUGCUACUCUGAUAUCGGUGGAAGCACACAUUCAGAGAGCAAGGACAGGUUGGAGGAAGAAUCGUACGAAAAGGAUGAUAACAGCAGGAAGGGUCAGAGUCAGAGAUCUUCAGAAACCUUCAACCUGGAAGUCCUGGUGUCUUUACUUCGUCAGGAAAAUGCUGUGGACAUCUGUGUGAUAAAAGUGCCAGAUAAUAUCAAAUAUCUAGAGUAUUUCCUUGUUGUCAGCGGCAUAUCAACCAGACACCUCCGUGCAAUGGCACUUUAUGCCAUCAAAGUGUACAAGUUUUUGAAGAAAGAUGGAGAUCCAAACGUUAAACUGGAGGGGAAAGAUGCAGAGGACUGGAUGUGCAUUGACUUUGGUAAUAUAGUCGUUCACUUAAUGCUGCCAGAGACCAGAGAGGUGUAUGAACUGGAGAAACUCUGGACUCUGCGUGCCUAUGACGAGCAGCUGAGGAGGAUCCCUGCAGAGAUGCUGCCAGAUGACUUUAUAUUGGAUGUUGAACAGACAAAGUGACCAUUCGCUUCAAACUAUGCCCAAAAUGAACAACUCAGAGAGUUACAAAUUUAAACAGAUCCAUCCCCUAACCUCAUCUUAUUGUUUCCCCACUGAGCACAAUAUUAAAGAUGAAGCUUACUGGAUGGACUGAGUUUGAAGAAAAAGCUUUUUGUGUCACAUUGUGAGGAUUUAUAAUAAAUUAUUGUUAUACAAUUUUUAUCAUGCCUGUUGUUACAAUUUUAGUUGUUUAUUAUUAUGUAGUGCAAAUGUUUGUACUCUGUUUUUUACUCAAAAUAUCUCUAAGAAAGGGUGACAGUGAUCUCAUUACAUUAAAAAAUAUGAAGGGUAUAUCUGGAUUUUCAGAUUAUUCAUAGAGGGGUUCCUCUAAAGAUUACUUAUUUUUCACUUCUUUAUUUCACCCUGUCAUAUGUAAAAUAAUAAUUUUGGUCCAAACUUUUAUAUUCAUUCAGUCAGAUUCUUGUUGGUGAGCUGCCCCUAUUGAUAGAUUUAAAGGGGGGAAAUAACUUUCCAAAAUUAUAUGUUGUCUGCUGUAUUAAAGAAAAUAUAAACACA